UCUACAUUCUUCUUCUUCUUCCCCUGCAUCCUUUUCUCUCCUUCCAAAUGGAUAAAGAAAACCUUUUCAAUUUCCCUGAUGAUUUCCCAUACGAGUUCACCUCCACCGACGAUAAACCGAAAACCUUCAAGGAACCUACUCUUGGCCCGUCGGGUUGUAGUCAUAUUCAACCACUUAUGCCACCAGUGUUUGCAAAAGGUGACGAAGAUGCUUGGAAUAUGAUCUACGCUGCGGCGAGCCAAGUUGCAAGAAUGAAGAUGAAGAUGAGCAACAAAGAUGUGACCGGAGUACCACACGCUUUUAAUCGUCCUCAUCGUUCUUCUUGGCAGCAGCAUUUCUGUCCACAAGUUCAAAAUCAACGUCACCAACAUGGCCCAAUUCAAUGUAAAUCAGUUGUUCUGGAUCGAUCUAGUGGCCGUUGUGAUGAUGGUGAUAUGUAUGUGAAGAGGGAAUGUGCGGGUACUGGUGUGUUUUUGCCCCGCAGAUACUGUGACAACCCAGCUGAAUCUCGAAUUCGACAAGCAGGUUCGCCUUCUAAUCUAGCUGGAAUAAUUCAAUCAUCCGCUAAAUCAUUUAUCCCCGUCGCACCACCUCAAAAUCAAACUUACAUCAAUGGCGGGUUCAUCUCACAUUAUGAAUUGUUCAUGGAUCGCCAUCGAAGCAAAGGCGUGAUUUUAGCUGCCCAGCAGCCGCGGCGAGGUAACGUCCACGACGUGGUUAUGGAGUCGUCGGUGAACAACCCGGCUGUGCUUCUACCUCAAGAGUGGACCUACUAACUAACUACUCCAUUCUUGAGGUUUGACAAUGGGAUGAAUGUACAAAAGUGAAAUAAGGUAUCCAUGAUUUUUAACUACUUUUGGUUGGAGAAUUUCAAGAUUCCUUUUGUUUGAAGAAGGGGGACUAGGAAAAAGAAAUUGUUAGCGUUGUAUUUUGUGCAUAAGAACUUGUACAAAAGACAUGGCUGAUUCAAGAUUGAAGAUUUGAUGAGGUAGAAUAAUGUAAGGAGUUUUUGUUAGAUUGAUUUUAGUAUUUUGUUUAAGUUCAAGUUUUUAGAAACAUGCGCUAACCCGUCACGCGUGUACUUCAUUUUCCUUAAAGAUUUGUGAUUUUCU